GCGCGGCGGCUGUUUGGUGAGUGGUGCCUGUUCCUUCCACUCUACGUCUGACACUGCCACGUGUUUGUGCCUGGGAUAUCUGGGGACCGUUUCCACGGUACCGGGAGGCUCUGGGCCGUCUCAGCGCUGCGGGUUCUGUAGCUCUUCGCGGACCUUCCACUUCCCAUUCACUUCGUGUUGUCCAGUUGGUGCAACCUGGAAGCAGGGUACAAUGUGAAUGCUCCAACAAAGUAGGCAGUAACCAUCUCCCUUGAAGCUAGCAAACCAACAUCAUAGUGCAUCCCAUUUCUCUCAUCUUGCCUCAGCCGACUACUUGCUCUUCUCGUUAAGCAUUUGCCUGGUAUCAUCACUACCCCGCGCAGGACUCCCAGACUGACGUAGGCGCCGUUCAUCGCGCCGUAAGCACGCAAAGAUGCCUUUACCACCCGAGACACAGCAUCUGCUAAUGUCGCACGACUUUGACUCUUCCGUGGAUGAAGUCCCUCGCGAGCCACAUUACACGCGCGCCGACCUCCUCUCACUCAGCAAAAGCCAGCUCAUAGCCGCCUUCCUCGAUCUCCAAGGUCGCGCCGAUCAGUAUCUGUCGCACAUCGAAUCCUCGCUGCGCGCACAACAGUCCCAAGCCGAGCUCCUCACCUCGAUCGAGCUUCACCUUGACAUUCCCCCUUCCGUCACCGAAUCCCAUCACCAACAUGUCGCCCUCGACCACGCCCUGACCUGGAACGAGAUCUACGGCCCCGACAGCGACCUCCUCCUCCAAACCAGCACUCUCCAAACCCAAGUAUUCACCCGCCGCUUGACCUCCAUUCGCGACCACAUCCGCGAAAGCGGCGGCGGCGCGAGCAGCAGCAGCAACUUUUUCACCUCCCCUUCCCACUCUUCCAACGGAUUAUCCUUCAGCCCCGCAACUUUCUGCAAACACGUCCUCUCCACUACCUUCACCCGCAUGGCCCCCGGUUCCUUCGUCGCCGGCUCUGAUAACCCUGAAGAGCAAAAGAACGUGCUCUCGUUCAAGCAGGUCGCUUUGGGAAUGAGCAUCCGCGAGUUUAUCGAGUCCUUCGCUGAAGACGAAGGCCGCGCCGAAGAGGACGACAACGAGCUCUGGAGGCGGAUGGAGACCCCCCUGCUGUGUGCCUUGGCAACCCCGGAGAUGUCCGAUGCGGCCUGGAACCGGAUGGGAUUUCUGGGUGCUUGGUUCCGUGCUUUGAGGUCAGGACAUUUUGAGGUGGAGCGGAUGCGGUUCUUGAUGGAGAUGCAGAGGGAUGCCAGGGAAAAGGUAAAGACUGAGAGAGCGGUGCCCAUGGUUUGUACGGAGUGCAAGGAAGAGAAAGCGGUGGGGAAUGAGGUUGCUACGAGGCUGGUCAAGGCCCAGGCAAAGUUGUUGGAGUGGUGGAAGGGGGAAAGGGAGGAGGUGGAGAGUGUGGUGGAGGGGAUUGUUGAGAGGUUCAGGGAGGAAGAUCGGAAGGAGGCGAAGAGGGCUUAUGAAGAGUUUGCGAAGAGUAUGAGGGGGGUUGUUACUACUGCUACUGCUACCGAUGAUGCGGAGGCAACGGAGCAAGGACAGGCAGGUCCGGAUUACCCGGUGCUGAUGCCGCCUGAUGAUUUGAGCCAUGCGGGUAGGUAUGAGCCUGAGUUCCAGCCGAAGGAGAUCAACAGCUUGGUCAGGCAGGCUCAUAUGGGGGACUUGUAGAGUGGAAGGGAGUAUCGAUGUGUUGGAGUUACGGCAACAGAGUGCCAAUCAAAGUCCGGAAGCCGGCAAUGUCUUCCUGGGGAUCAAAGUGUAUUACCCUACUUCGGGAAGGUUGUGUACCAAGAUCGAUGGGGUAAGGGUUUUGAGCUUACUU